AUGUCUGGACCAUCUGGUUCCGGUGAAGAUGCAGCGGAUCACAACGUUGAAGUGUGGAAAAUCAAACGUUUGAUCAAAAGUUUGGAAAUGGCUCGAGGGAAUGGGACAUCGAUGAUUUCUCUGAUAAUACCACCACGCGAUCAAAUUGCUCGUAUUUCAAAAAUGUUAGCCGAUGAAUAUGGCACUGCGUCAAAUAUCAAAUCUCGGGUGAAUCGGUUAUCAGUACUGGGUGCCAUUACAUCGGUACAAGGAAGACUAAAACUUUAUAACAAAGUACCAACAAAUGGUCUAGUGAUUUACUGUGGCACAAUUGUAACGGAUGAAGGGAAGGAAAAGAAAGUGAAUAUUGACUUCGAACCGUUCAAACCAAUAAAUACUUCACUUUAUCUCUGUGAUAACAAGUUCCAUACAGAGGCAUUACAGGCCCUCUUGGCUGAUGACAAUAAGUUUGGUUUUAUUAUAAUGGAUGGUAAUGGGUCAUUGUUUGGAACACUGCAAGGUAAUACACGUGAGGUGCUGCACAAAUUCACAGUUGAUUUGCCGAAAAAGCAUGGUCGUGGUGGACAAUCUGCAUUGCGUUUCGCACGACUUCGUAUGGAGAAACGUCACAAUUAUGUGAGGAAGGUUGCGGAAACGGCUGUUGAAAUAUUUAUUCGAAAUGAUAAAGUGAAUGUGGCAGGACUAAUCCUUGCUGGUAGCGCAGAUUUCAAAACUGAACUUGGCCAAUCCGAUAUGUUUGAUCAGCGGCUCCAAGCAAAAAUCAUCAAAACGGUAGAUAUUUCAUACGGUGGCGAGAAUGGAUUUAAUCAAGCAAUUGAAUUAGCAGAAGAUGCACUGGCUAAUGUGAAAUUCAUCCAAGAGAAAAAGUUAAUUAAUGGAUAUUUUGAUGAGAUUUCGCAGGAUUCGGGAAAAUAUGUUUAUGGUGUAACAGAUACGCUGCAAGCAUUGGAGAUGGGUGCUGUAGAAACACUGAUCUGUUGGGAAAAUUUGGAUAUUGUACGAUAUCAACUUAAAAAUCCGGCUACUGGAGAGGAAAAAUUACUGUACUUGGAUCCGGAUCAGGAAAAGAAUAAGACGCAUUUCACUGAAUCAUCCACUGGAGUGGAAUUAGAACUUAUGGAUUCGAUGCCAUUAUUAGAAUGGCUAGCGAACAAUUAUAAAUCAUAUGGUGCAGCUUUGGAAAUUGUUACAGACCGCUCGCAAGAAGGAGCACAGUUUGUGCGAGGCUUUGGUGGUAUUGGAGGUCUUUUGCGUUAUCGUGUAGACUUUCAACUGAAUGAUCUCAACGACGGUAUCGAGGAUAUCAAUCUUGAUGAUUAUUGA